AUGUGUAAUGAUGCUCUUGCAUCAAAUGAGGAAACUCCAAAUCAUAUGAUUGUUUGGCUUGAUUUACACAUAGGAAGACGAGAAGAUUAUCAACGUUUAAAAGCUGCUUUCUCAAGUACAGCUGAUCCAGAAAGUGUUAAUCCAGUACGAUUAAUCGACAAAGAUGAUGAAGCAAUUAAUCGUACAGUAGGCUUUGAAGAAGUCAAAUUUGAAGGUGUCAAGUUUUUAUUAGCAGCAUUCUCAAAUGUUGAACGUUGUGUCAAGUUUUUGCAAAAUAAUCAAGAAAAACGAAUCUUUUUAAUACCAUCAGGACAAAUAGGAAGAGCAGCUGUACCAUUAAUAAUGGAGAAAUGCAAAAAAUAUUUUGAUUGA